CGUCAUCUGUUGGGGACGGAAGUGACGUGUGUAGCGUCAUUAACUGGUGCCUCUGUGAAGAGUGAAUCGCUCGAGUGUGUUUGUGUUAUUUUAUCAAUAAAUCAGAAUUAAUCUGAUCAUUUACUGUUCGUGUAAAACAUUGAUCUGCUCUUUAACAGGUGGGUUGACAGACAGUAUGACAUCACCAGGUAGUCAGGGGGGCGGAGCUCUGUCAACGAGAGGCGGAGCUGCAGGAAAGAGAAUGAAAUGGGCUUUAGAACUGAGCCUGGGCAGCAGCAGGAGUCGUGGGGACAGGCAGAGUAAAGAGGGUGAUGUGAUGUAUCCUGUGGGAUAUUCAGAUAAACCCGUCCCAGACACCAGUGUACAGGAAGCCGACCGCAACCUGGUGGAGAAGAGAUGCUGGGAUGUGGCUUUGGGACCGCUGAAGCAGAUUCCUAUGAAUCUCUUUAUCAUGUACAUGUCAGGAAACACCAUCUCCAUCUUUCCCAUCAUGAUGGUGUGUAUGAUGGCGUGGAGACCCAUCCAGGCGCUCAUGUCCAUGUCAGCCACGUUUAAGUUGUUGGAGAGCUCCAGUCAGCAGUGGCUACAGGGUUUGGUUUAUCUCAUUGGAAAUCUGCUCGGUUCAGCACUCGCCAUAUACAAGUGUCAAUCAAUGGGGCUCCUCCCAACACAUUCGUCUGAUUGGCUGGCUUUCAUAGAACCGCCCCAGAGAAUGGAGAUUAUGGGCGGAGGGAUGAUCAUGUGAAGAACAAAGUCUCUUGCGCUCUCUCUCUCUCACUCACUCACACACACACACACGCACACACAGUUUCACAUUUUAACCCCAUUUGCUGAUAAUUAAGUUAUAUUUUGUGAUUUACGUUAACAUAGGUGUUUUAUGUUUUGAAUUGUUUGCUCUGUAAUAUUAUUAAACAUUAAUAAAGAUUUCUGUUAAGAGACAAAUGUAUUUAUUAAAAGAAUGAAAUGGC